CGAAUACCGAAUAAUGUUUGUUUUCUAUAAGACUUCACGGACAGCGUGAUAUCUGUACAAGUAAUAUUUAUUGUAUGUUCAUUUCAUAGCGUAGAUCGGAAAUACCUAAAACCGUAGAAUGCCGUACAGGGAGUUUAUUAUACAGCAAGCAGGAUCUUAGGUUUCAUUGUCAUUAGCUGAUUUGCUCGGCGCAUUUGACGUACUCUAGGGCUUUAUUGGCGGAUCGUGCUAUCAAUCAAAACGGAGGCGGGGCUGUUAGUAUGUGGGUUUGGGGAUUGUAGUUUAGCGGACUUCAAUGAUUAAGAGUUGCGAGCGUGGGAGGACUACGUAUCCCAGAGUUCCUUGCGGAAAAGGGGCUUAGAACCGUGCUGUGUCUGAAGUAGCAAAGUAGGGUUAAAGAUGUUGAUGUGCCCGCUUUCCACCUGGCAGACAGGGAGAUGGCAGAGCUGAGUGAUGAAGCCAGUGAGACAGAGAUGCUGAGCCACAGCCUGUCUAUUUGGUAUGGGGAGCCUCUGGAUGAUGCAGAGUUACCACUGGACCUACACACCGCAGCCUCUAUUGGACAGUAUGAUGUGGUUCAGCACUUUGUGCGCAGGAGGGAUGUUGAUCUGAACCAGCAGAACCUGGGAGGAUGGACACCCCUUAUGUAUGCUUCUUACAUUGGCCAUGACGCUAUAGUCAGCCUGCUGCUGGAGGCAGGUGUGGAUGUGAACUGUAGUACUCCUAGCGGGCAGACCCCUUUGAUGCUGGCGGCCAGCUGCGGAAAUGAGAGUGUGGCCUACUUCUUGCUGCAGCAAGGGGCAGAGUUGGAGUCAAGAGAUAACCGAGGCUGGACAGCCUUAUUCCACUGCACUAGCUCAGGUCACCAAAGGAUGCUUCGCUUCUUAUUGGAGAAUGGAGCAAAUGGGGAUGUCAGAGAACCUCUCUAUGGCUUCACACCUCUCAUGGAAGCGGCAGCAUCUGGUCAUGAGGUAAUCGUGCAGCACCUACUGAAUCAUGGAGUGAAGGUGGCUGAGACAGAUCGAAAUGGGGAUACUGCUCGUAUGUUGGCAGCAAGGUUUGGACAUUCCAGGAUUAUUUCUCUCCUGGACUCUCACCGGCCUCGGGGGUCCCGAGCGCACAACAGGGGAUCAGCAGUGCGCCACGAAGAUCUCAGUUCUUCAGAUGAGUCUACUUCAACUCCUCAACGUUCUAGACCUCAGCGAAAGCCCAAGGGUCCCAGCAUUCAUGAUGGACCCCAAGCCUUAGCCAAGAUAACAGGGGGAGGAGGUGGUGGUGGUGGAAACCAGGCUGCUUAUGGCAAUGUCCCACCUAAAGGGUAUGUAACAUUUAGCGGACAGGAUGCUGCAGGAGAUGAAAACUUGUGUUACAGAGAUGUCACUUCUCCUAUCAAUGAGCUUGAUGUUGAAAGCAAUGGCAGCAGCAGAGAUGAAGACGAUACUGGUAGACUGCAGAGCAGCAGUAGCGAGGGCCCAUGUCCCAAUCCAGAUGUGAGCAGUGAAGCUUCACUGGAGAGUAAUGAGGAUUCCGACUCCGGAGCAGAAACUGCAAGCCGAAAACCAUCCAAACCAUUGGCCAAGGGGAAACAACGCAAUGGAGAUACCCACACUUUUCAAGGGGGUUCAGACUGCAGGUUUUCCAAUUCUGUACUGAACCUAGAAGCACAAGCCUACACUGGGCCUAAGGACCUAUCGGAGAUGCUGGAGCAGAUUGGCUGCUCAAAGUAUUUGCCUGUCUUCGAAGAGCAAGAUGUGAAUUUGCGAAUUUUUCUCACCCUUACAGAGACAGACCUGCGUGAAGUUGGCAUCACCCUGUUUGGCCCGAAGAGGAAGAUGACAUCAGCCAUAGCUCGCUGGCACAGCUCUACUCGCCCUCCUGGGGAUGCCCUAGAGCAGGUUUAUGCUGACCGGCUGGAGGCAGAGAUGCAGGAAUUAGCCAUACAGCUGCAUAAGAAGUGUGAGGAGACAGAACUGCUAAAGGCCCAGGUAGCCCAGGAGCGUGAGCUACGUACUGUGGCUGAAAGUUGCCUCAUGGAGCAAGAAUCCCAAUGUCGAGCCUUCCGGUGUCAACUGGAGACUGCAGGUAACCAUGCCAACGAUGCCCAGCGUGCCAUCACACAGCUCAGGAGCUGCCAGCAGGAGCUGUCACUUCGACUGGGAAAAGCUACUGCUCCAAGAACAAAGGGGGCUCAUGGCAGAACCACAGGACUUGAAGGGAUGAGUGCAGCUUCUAUGAAGUCCAUGUCCAUGGUAGAACUAUCCUUGUCAAUGGAAGAAAUUACUGCAACAUUAGGGAAAUCUACAAGAGCAGUACAGGAAAACCUGGAGAAGCUGCGCAUGCCAGACAAGGGGAGACAUAAAUGGCCGGAUCCGUGAUCCUUAAGACACCUUUCUAUUGUUCUUAAGACGGUGGGUGAAGUUUUCCACCCCGAAGAUGUCAGAUGCCGGAGAGUGAUGAUUGCACCUCUUGCUUACAGCGCCUGUCUCAGGCCAUUACAGGGCACGGAGGAAUGGGCUGGGAGGCAGAUCUGCAGUUCUGUGAUUAUUGUAUGAAGCUUUCCGUCAGCAACGAAAGAGCAAAGUUCCGCAGGGCUUUUUAAUAAGAGAUAGAUUAGGAAUAUACAUGCAGGCAGCCCGUAGGGAAGAGAUUAAUGAAUGAAAGCAAUAAGUGCCUGUGUGUUUUUAAAGGGGAAAUGUGGGAUGCUGGUUAAAGCUUUUAUGAGAAAUUGGAUUGGUGAAUUUUAAUACUCUGCAAGUGGCAGAUUUUUAAGUGAUAAUUUUAUCCUCACAAUAAAAAAAAAAAUAUACUUA